AUGCUCAAGUCUCAAGAGAAUCGCCUUAAGCUAGCAAUGGAGAAAAUUGAGAAACAACAUGGUGAUCGAUUAAAGGAUCAUGCUUGUAAUUUUGAAAAUGAGGUUACAAAACUUCAUGAUAUAGCUAAAGAACGUCAUGAAAUUUUUCUGGAGCAAGUUAAGAAGUUGGAAGACUCUGUCAAUCUCCAGGUUGUAGAGCUGAAGUCUGAAAUGUCGAAAGAAGUCGAUAAGAUAGAGAAGAAUUAUUCCCUUCUUCAUGGAAUGGAUGAUGUCAAUGUUGAUGCAAUAAAGAAGCUUGUGGAAUAUAAAAACUUGUAUUCAACCAAGCUUGAUGCAAAAUCAGAACAGGAUUCCAAAGUUUUCGAAAAGUUGGAGGAAUUUUUGGGAAGUUUAAAAGAAUCUCGUUCGAAGGUUGGUCUUUCUCAAUAA